AUGAGCUCGUUCCUCAUCUUUCUCGCUACCUAUGCUGUAUAUGUGGCACAAGUUGUUCUGGCGGCGCCGACGACCAUUGUGCGGGAUGACCCUUCCACUAAGAACCGCGUCGUUAUCCUUCGUCGCAGCUACAUGUUGUCUCUACGCGAUGACGUGUCAUCCGACGAGCACCCUGCGCUUCGGCGCUUGAUUGAAAGCCUUGAAGCCCCGUUGGAAGGAGGCCAGCGCCGCGCCGGCAUUCCUGCCGAGUAUGCCGUGAACCUGAUGCAACCGUUUGGAGGCGCCAACGCUGGGGCAGACGCUGCGGCGCAAGAGAAACACAAGGCCGAAGCCAGCAGUCUCGACAAGGCGCACUCCGGCACGUCUGCCGAGAAGAAAGCCGACCGCGGUGAUAUCUUCUACGAAAAGCUCAUCAUCUUCAAGACAAGCCAUGACCGUGUGAAGGAGAAUGCCGAGUCGGAUAACAAGCGCCUGAGCAGCCGCGAUGCGGUCCAAGAGGCAGAGCGCAGCCAAAAGGCCAAGCAGCACCAGGUCGUCGGGUAAUCCUGCCACGUCAUUCCUCCGUCGCGAUGGAGAUUUAGGCUUAACGAAAUG